AAUCUUAUAAGUAACACCAUUAGCGUAUCAUACAAUAUUGCGACAAUAUGCCAUAAAGAGGUUAAUCAUUGGAUUGUACAUUAAAGUUAAUCAUUAAUGUAAUUUAGACAAGACAGAUGUACCUAGUGUACAUGUAUUUUAUGAUUACUUUAUAAUGUCAACAUGGCCCGAUUAAAAAAGAUGAACUAUUCUGUUUACAGUUAUGUAUUAAUAUAUUUGAUCUAAAAGAAGAGGUUUAAAAUGGUUAAACCAGUGGCUAUUUUUGUAGGACUUAUUACAGCAUGUGUUAUUUUGGUACUUUUCCUUCAACUUAAGAUGACACUAGAAUGCGAGCCAUUUGUUUAUACGAAAGAUAUAAGGAAACACUUUGCAAAUGACCUUAAAAGGAAACCACACACCAAACAAGUAAGGAGUCAAGAUGAAGAAAAACGGGAUAAUCUAGAAACUGCAUACUUGGAUAAAAAUGGACUAUAUUCAGAGAGAAUUGAUCAUUUCCUUAAAGCCACGGGUGAUGAUGAACGUGACAGAAAAGAUAGAUUUGAAAGAACUAAAGUACAACAAGUUCAUACUGACAGAAGUGUCAUACACAACAAUUUCUCAAAAGUUGUCAACUGCAUAACUGGAGAAACUAUGAAAAACAUUCCAAUAGACCAACAGAACUAUGUACGAAUGAGGGAAUCAAUUAGAGACAUUGACACGCAUAAGUAUGACAAGAUUAGAAAAUCAAAGUUUGUGGAAAUAUUCAACAAUGGUUUCUGGGAUAUGGAGAAAGAUGGCGCUGAGUUUCAACGAUCUGGCCCAGGUUCCAAACUGGAAAACGCUCAAGGGGUUAUAGCAAUAUUACAUACUUUGAUCAAUGAGAUUAAACGGAUAAAGAAUAUCAGAAAAGUGAAUCUCUUAGACGUCCCCUGUGGUGAUAUGCAAUGGAUGGCGAAAUUCCUAAAGACGCGUGACGAUGUCAUAUACACUGGAAUCGACAUUGUCCCUAACUUAAUUGACCAUCAUAAAACAAUGUAUCCUUUCACAGAAUGGGAAUUCCAUCGAGGUGAUAUAGCCACGACUCCUUUGACGAAAUCAUAUGAUUUGAUAUUAUGUAGAAUGAUGCUCCAACAUUUAGCAUUGAAAACUGUUCUGAAAAUUCUCCAUAAUUUCUCAAGUAGCAACAGUAGUUAUCUCCUAACAACGACCUUUCCCACAAAUCCAAUGAACAAUGACGUCAUUCCAGGGGAAUUCCAGAGACUAAAUCUUGAGAUUUCACCAAUCGGACUGAAGCCGCCAUUAUGCUACCAUAGAGACCAGGAUGGGCCUGGGGGUCACUACAUGGGAUUAUGGGAGCUUCCACUGCAACAGUAUACAAAGUGCCCUGCCCUGACACAAUAUAGGAUAUGGGACAGAAUACCUUUGAAAAUUCAUACAUGUUCACAAAAGAAAAAAGCCUUAUGGUUCGCAUAGUUUCCCAUAGUCCCGUAGUCUUGCUUCAUUUAGCUCCAUUCAUCAUCUCAAAGUUAAAGAUAACCCAAACUGACCUUCUCUAACUAGGAAUCAUGAAACUCUUACCAAGAGGCAUUUCGGAGAAUAAAUAUAUAUGGUUGUGUGAAGUUUUUACUGGGUCUCCAAAGAGUAUGGGAAUGGGCUCGAUAAAAUGAUGACAAUUACCCUUUGCAUUUGUUUGGCUUUGGUUCUCAAUAGACUAGAUGCGAAGUAGACUAGAUGUCGAGUCUUGAUUUUCGUCAUCAAACAUUCAAAAUUCAGUCAAAGUGAUGUCAUAUUUGGAAUCUACAUGUAAACGUACAUAUGGUUUCAAAAAUCAACUUUGAAAGUUUAAUAUUUUUGAAAAUGUGACAUCUAGUUCGGGGAGAUUUCCCAUUGACUGCUCGCAGGGUAGAUAACAAUCCAUUGCUACGGGCAAAACAUCUCAAUGAUCAAACCAAAAAUAAAUGACAUUAUAAUGCAAGCAACACUUGAUAUUGAAUCUUUUAUAUGUCAGGUCAAUUUAUUACAUUUAUUCAGUACUACGUCUGAUUAAGUUUUAUAAAUGCAUAAUUUUUGUUACAUAUUAUGGUAAUUUAUUUAACUGAUGAUACAACAACUUCAGGCCCGUAAGACACUUUUCUCCAAGGGGGGUGCGGUUUUUAGCUUACUAAAGAGAAUAUAAAAUUGUCAUUUUUUUGCCGCGUAAUCAAAUCGCGUAAGACAGAGGGGGGGGGGGGGGUCAGUUACUCCCUAUAUUGGUUUGGAAUUAACAAAUGCAACUUCCAAACGUUCCAAUUGUUUUGUGGGGGGUAUGAGGAGUGGUCCACUCUCCCUAGAAAAUUUUACAGUUUUGAGAUGCUAUUUGGUGCUUUCUGGGCACUUUCAAUGUGUAAGUUUCUAAGUAGUACGCCACCACCACGGGAAUAAGAGUUGAGUGAAUAAAAAACUGAGCA